UCUUCAUCAUCCUCCUCAUCCACCUCAUCCUUCUCAUCCUCCUCAUCCACCUCACCCUCCUCAUCCACCUCACCCUCCUCUUCGUCCUCAUCCUCCUCAUCCACCUCAUCCUCCUCAUCCACCUCAUCCACCUCAUCCACUUCAUCCUCCUUAUCAACCUCAUCCUCCUCAUCUUCCUCAUCCUCCCCAUCCACCUCAUACUCCUCAUUUUCUUCAUCCUCCCCAUCCACCUCCUCCUCCCCCUCUUCCUCAUCCACCUAA